CUCAUUCUGGCUGCUGGCGGAUUUCAAGCACACGUCGCGUGUUGCUGUUAAACCGCGUUAGCAGUACACGAGUUGUUUUCAUGGCACCAUGUAACCCCACGUAACUACAGGUGGAGGGCACCAUGAGUUCCAUGUCCCAUGGCUUCCCAGCAGUGGGCUUGUGCCUUGCUGCUUUGCUACUCAGCAAUGCCUUACUUUACCUCUACCUGGAGUCUUUGUAUCCGACCGAUGAGCUGCUGCUGUCCUCCCAUGUCGGCUGUGAACCUCGACAUUUUAAAAUGGCCACCAUGAAGAACUGCAUCCCCUGGCUCCAGUGUUCACAGAUAAACGCUGAAGUACGCAAGCUGAAACUGAUUGGCCAGGGAGCGGUUAAGAAGGUCCACCUGGCAGAGUGGAGGGGUCAGAAGGUAGCUUUGUCCCAACUGUCCUCUCUGGAUUACCUGGAAGACUUUCUCCAUGGAGUUUCUAUGUUACAGGCCCUUCAGGGCCCCCACGUGGUGCAGCUGGUGGGCUUUUGCCUUGAUAACCACACCCAGGUCACAGAGUACCACCCACUUGGCUCUUUGCUUAACCUGGAUAGCAUUCUGGCUCAAGAGCAGCACCAGCAGCACAACACAUGGCAGAUGCGACUGAGGCUGGCCAUGGAUUACGUCUCCAUCCUUCAUUAUCUUCAUGGCGGCCCAGCCGGGCGGCGGGUUAUGUGCGAUUCCAGCAGCUUGGAGAAAACUCUCACCCAGUUUCUGCUGACUAGUGACUUUCGCCUGGUAGUAAACGAUCUCGAUGCGCUGCCUGAGGUGGACCCGUCCAGAGGCUUGCUGGUGAAAUGCGGACACCGAGAGCUCACUGGGGACUUUGUGGCCCCAGAGCAGCUUUGGCCAUUCAGAACCAAAGGGAAGCCGUUUGCAGAUAACCUCAUGCCUGGGUAUGAUGAGAGAACAGACAUCUGGAAGAUCCCAGACGUGACAUGGUUCCUGAUGGGACGGGUACCGGGAGGGGAUGUGGUCCACUUUCAUCUUUUUCAGAUUCACGAGAAGUGUAAGAAGGAAGAUCCCAAACUUCGUCCUUCAGCACUGGAUGUUUUGAAUGUGUACCGAUCCGUGUACGGUAGCAUGGUGCGGGACAAUGCUGGCUUUAGAGACAUGCUGUAGAAUACGUGUCUCCAUAACGGAGUCACUUACAAAAGACCAGUAAGGUGCAAUAGAGAUUCAAGCUACAGUUUUGAAAUGUUGUGCAGUUUAAUAAACGUUACUGGGUUUGGAACAAAGA